CUACAAAUCCCCCAUCCCACUUGUCACUUCUCACCUCCACCAUCUCCAAACCCACAAAGCUCAAACAGCCACCGUGACUGAAAGCCACGACCUUUUACCCCAACUCAAACCGCAAUGGCUUUUACCACAGUGGCUGAGAGACCCGAAGCUCCGGUCACUCGCGCCGCUGCGAAGCGUAGAGCCGAGGCCGUUUUCGUCGAGGAGAAGCAGCAGCUGGCCAACAAGAAGAGGGAUGUUCUUGGUGACGUCACCGGAAGUACGGCGAACGUUGUUUCCUUGGCCAAUAGCAAUAAGAGGGUCUUCGCGCCGCCGCAGAAACCCAAAUUGGAAAGGCUGAAGAAGGCGGCCCGUGAGGAUGAAGACCCUCAGCUUUGUGGUCCCUACGCUGCCGAUAUCUACUCCUAUCUCCGCCGUAUGGAGGUGGAACCAAAGAGAAGGCCAUUGCCUGAUUACAUGGAGAAGAUCCAGAAGGAUUCGAUCAAUGCGAAUAUGAGAGGUGUUCUUGUGGAUUGGUUUGUGGAGGUUCAAGAUGAAUAUGAACUCCUUCCGGAGACUCUUCAUCUUGCUGUGUCUUAUGUUGAUAAGUAUCUGUCAAUGAAUGUGGUGCGAAAGAGUGAGCUGCAGUUAGUUGGGGUGGCCGCGAUCUUCAUUGCCUCGAAGUAUGAAGAGAUUGAUCCGCCGAAUGCAGAAGAGCUUUCUGACAUUACCGAAAACACAUACAGUAAAAAGCAGCUGAUCAAGAUGGAGGCUGAUAUACUCCUAUCUCUGAAAUUUGAAAUGGGAAAUCCCAAUGUUCGUACAUUCUUGAGAAAAUUCAUUGACCUUGCUCAAGAGAGUUACUACAAAACUCCUAAUAUGCAGUUUGAGUAUUUGAUUUACUACCUCACAGAUCUAUGUUUGGUAGAUUACAAACUUGUGAAGUUCUUGCCUUCUACAAUUGCUGCAUCAGCUGUUUUUCUUGCGAGAGUUAUUACUAAUAAAAAAAUGAAUCCUUGGUGUCCAGCACUGCAAGAAUACACUGGUUAUAAGGCAGCUGAUUUGAGAGAAUGUGUUCAUAUCAUCCAUGACUUGUACUUGGGUAGACGUGGUGGAUCAUUGGUAGCUGUAAGAGAUAAAUACAAGCAGCCCAAGUUCAAAUAUGUGGCAAAAAUGGAUUGCCCUUCACAGUUACCACAAUCCUUGUUUGGAGAUUUAAAAGCAUGAAAGAAUUCAAGUGCAAAGAUUUUUGGGGCAAGGGCUUGUCCAAUACUGUAGGAACAUCUGGCGGUGUUGUUAUAUUGAGUCUGCUCCCAUACCAGCUUGAAGGGUUGCACUAUUCCAUAGCAUUUCGUGCCAGGGUAGGGUUCAGCAGUGAAACAAAUGAGGCCCAUUACUCACCAUUUCCCACUGAUAAAGCCUCUAUCUUGUGCUGAGAAUAAUGCUCUUAAGUUAUAGUUGUUAGGUUUACUUUUAUUUUAUAAACUGUAUCAUAGAUUUCUUAGGUAUAGGAAAAGUGGGUAGGUUCAUGUAGUGAGUUCACAUGUAGAGAGCUAGAUGCAAAUUUGUAAGCCAUCUCUGUAAUCCUGCAUGUUCAGCUUCUCUUGAGAGUCUAAUAUAAAGGGAAAUACUGAAUUCUUGCUUACAUAUCUCAGUU